AUGAUAAGAAGGCAAUUAAUACACAUCAAUAAAUUUGCCUAUGGCCAUGCUCCUACCAGGCUCUUGACCACCACUCCUAUAAGGUGGCGUCCUCGUGAACGUGUGCGUAAAGCGAAAGAAAUUCCGGAGGAUGAGGUCACCAAAUACUACAACUCAAGACUGAAGCCUUCAGGUGCCAAACAGUUUUAUUACCAGGAUGAACCAUCAUCAGAUCCCAAUUCUCGCUACAGUGUGUUUAGCAGGCCACCCAAUGAAAAUGGCCUCAUUACUGUCCACGAUGGGAUCUAUGAUAUCCUUAAAGAACCUACUUUGGUGAUUGAGAGAAAAGUUGAGAUGAUGAACCUCUUUUUAGGAUUCGAACAGGCCAAUCGGUACAAGAUAAUGAACGCCAUGGGCGAGCAGAUUGGGUUCAUGCAAGAGAAGGAUUUGGGGAUCUUCAAGAUGUUGGGCAGACAGUUUUUCCGGUUACAUAGACCUUUUGACAUUGAGGUAUUUAACAACUAUGGAGACUUGUUGAUGGUGAUAAAACGGCCGUUUUCGUUUAUCAACAGUCAUAUAAAAGCGUAUUUGCCGGGUGUUAAUUCCCACGGUGAAAUGGAACUAGAGUCGAUAGGCGAGUCGGUUCAAAGUUGGCAUUUGUGGAGACGGAGGUACAAUUUGUUCAAGCUCGACGACGAUGUCACCGAUGAAUACAACCAGUUUGGGGCCAUUGAUGCCCCGUUCUUGUCGUUUGAUUUCCCUGUCUCUAACGCGGAUGGCGACGUGAUUGCGUCUGUGGACAGAAAUUGGGUUGGAUUGGGAAGAGAGCUUUUCACCGAUACUGGUGUGUACAUCAUUCGGAUGGAUCCUGCUAGUUUUGAUGGGAUGGGUGGAUUGUACCCUUCAGUAGCAGGUCCUUUGACGCUCGACCAGCGGGCGGUUCUACUUGGUAACGCUGUAAGCAUCGACUUUGACUAUUUCUCAAGACACUCGAGAGGUGGAGGAGGGCUUCUCAGCUUUAACAAUUAUGAAUAG